GCUGUUAAGUAAAAGUUGCCAAUUUCGCAGAGUAAGUGUUGCGGUAAACGCUUUAACAGCAUUUUUUUCGGGCUCGUGUCCCAACGAAUAACAGAUACUUCGCUUCGGAUGAGAUUAGCAAUGAUUGCGGCUCUUGUUGGAACUUUACUUGUUACGGAGGCUUAUGGCUGGAAUAGUAUCAGUUAUGCAGGUGUACUUCACGACAAUUUCUGGCUUAGUCUGCACAAUAGAGCUGCAGUAUGUCACUCACCUGAAACAAAUUGCCAUAAGUUAGAGAAUCCCCGUCAAGCCAUUCUCUGGACAGUACGUGGCUUAUGGCCAAUGAGAGGGCAUAGAAAUUUUACGUUUACGAGCCCCAACGACACAUUCCACAUCGACGAAAUCAAGUGUAUCCGUGACGACCUCAAUCGCUUCUGGCCGAGUCACAACAGCAGUAACGAAGUCUUGUGGGCGGACGAGUUCAUGGAAUAUGGAACAUAUGCAAUCUAUCAGGGUACAAAGGUCACAAACGCGCUCGAAUACUUCAACGUUACCCUGCAGCUGUAUAAACAUUUUGACAUUUCUAAAUGGCUAACAACUGGGCACAUUUCGCCCAGUAAUAAGAAACCGAUUUCCAGAAGAGAUAUCCAAAAUGCCGUUUCCCUACGUUAUAGUAGUAGUUUCUACUUAUAUUGCCAAGGUCAAAAAAAUGGCAUAGAUAUACUUUGGGAGAUUCGGUUAUGUUUUGAUAGUAACCUUCAGCCGGCAUCAAAUUGUAUCCCACCGGAGAUGACCUGCCACACUUGGGGUGUCUGGUACCUGGAGGAUUCGCUCAUCAGCAAAGGUUCUCUUUGUCGUACUUCUGUUCCGAGUGCCGUCCGUCUACGCUCCCCAAUCCACAGUAUCUUCACAGUCGUGCUUUCACGGCGGAGUAGCUCAUUGGGACGACCAUUCGAUUCAAGGUGCUAGUCGGAUGGUGCUAGUGCAAAAAAAAUAGAACUAGUAGGCACGAAAAACUCAAUUAGUUUUUUUUAUCCAUUGGAAGCUAGACUUUUUAGAAGACCACUUGUUGACGCAAGAAUCCGUGUACUAGGGAUGAGCACCAGGAGCACUUAUAUUGAACUUACGCUGUGAAA